CUUCACAUACAAUACAACAAGAAGAGAGGUCAUACAUAAACACAACCUUCCCCUCUUCCUUUUUUCCCAUUUCACCUUCCCUUUUAUCAACCCAUUCAUUAGAUUCCUACAAUCUCCAAAUGGUCUUCUCUGUUUUCCAUUGGGUUGUACAGAUUCUGAGCUAAAAAACCCAUCUUUUUACCUUUCAAUUACUUGUUGAAUUUUUGCUGUUUUUAGUGGUUUUUCUGGGACUUUAAGAUACAGACUCCUCUGGGUCUUGUUGGGUUUUUGCUAUUUUUUGCAGAACUAUAUUGUAGAAAAAGGCUUCAUACCCAGAAGCAUAAGUUCUAUAACUGGCUCAAGAAGAAUAAUUUAAGUCAUAUAUAUUUAAAAAGUUUAAUCUUUUAAAAUUUUUGUUGAAAAAAUUUUCUUGGGAAAACUGGUUUCUUUCUCCCUAUUAAGACUCAAUCCUUUUGGAAAGUUUGCUUAUUUUAAAAUUUAGGGAGAAAAGAAAUUCACAGAUAUGGGAAAGCAAGGACCUUGCUAUCACUGUGGUGUUACAAGCACCCCUCUAUGGCGCAAUGGGCCUCCAGAGAAGCCAGUACUGUGCAAUGCAUGUGGAUCCCGGUGGAGAACAAAAGGGACACUCGUAAACUAUACCCCUUUACAUGCUAGAGCAGAACCAGAUGACCUUGAGGACUAUAGAAAUUCUAGGGUGAAGAAUAUCUCUGUUAAGAAUAAAGAGGCAAAGGUUCUUAAGCGGAAGCCGAAUCAUGAAAUUGAAGUUGGAGCCUUUUCUCCUGAUUAUAACCAUGGCUUCCGCAAAGGUUUAGAUGAAGACACAAGCAACAGAUCCAGUUCAGGCUCUGCUAUAUCUAAUUCUGAGAGCUGUGCCCAAUUUGGCAGUGCUGAUGCAAGCGACUUGACUGGUCCAGCCCAGCCCAUGGUUUGGGAUUCAAUGGUGCCUUCAAGGAAGAGAACCUGUGUUACUCGUGCUAAGCCGUCACCAGUUGAGAAGCUUACCAAGGAUCUGUAUACCAUCUUACAUGAACAUUCUCCCUACUUCUCUGGGUCUUCUGAAGAAGAUUUGCUUUUUGAGAGUGACAAACCUAUGGUAUCUGUUGAGAUAGGACAUGGAAGUGUACUCAUUCGGCAUCCCAGCUCAAUAGCUAGAGAAGAAGAAUCAGAAGCUAGCUCCCUUUCGGUUGAUAACAAGCUACACCCAGUCAAUGAGGCUUAUUCUCGGUUGACAACCUUUUCUGUACAUACUGAUAACAAAGGUGUCAAUCUUCCAAAUCCAGGAGCAGAGAAAGUUAAGAAGCCUACUGGGCAGGGUGGGGAACAAGAGCAGAUUAAAUGGGAUAAAGAUCAGCUGGAGAAACUGCAAUUGCUGGGUCAUCACAGUUCGCCACUAUGUUAUGUUGAUCUGAAAGAUCUUCUCAAUUUUGGUGAGUUUGUGAGUUGCUUAACUAAGGAGGAGCAUCAGCAGUUACUUAAAUAUUUACCGUCCAUUGAUACUUCUGGACCACCUGAGAGUCUCAGAAACAUGUUUGAUAGCAUACAAUUUGAGGAGAACCUGUCUUCCUUCCAGAAGCUGCUUGCUGAAGGUGUUUUUGACAACACACUAUCGGGGGUGAAGACAGAAGAUUGUAGGACUCUGAAGAAAUUUGUAUUGUGCAAUUUGACAAAAUCAAAAUGGGUGGGUCAAUAUAAUCUACUAAAGGAUGUUAAAUGUAGAAGUAGUAUUAGCAUGUCUGAAGUUGCAGGAGAAUUUGAUGCUGUUGCAACUGGUCAUUCAGUGAAUGCUAAAAGAUCACGUGAUGGACAAUAUCAGAAGUUUCCAGCAGCAAAGACCAUAAUGAAGAGUCCAAAAAGAGUGAUGAUGAAAGCCAGCUAUGAACACAGGGAGGUAACAGACAAUGAUGGCUCAUGCUUCAGUCCGAGAAGUCUCUUUGCCCUGCCUGCUGAUAAUAGCUCCUUGGUGCUGGACUCUUUCAAUACGGCAGAAAGUUCAGAUCAGGAUCUACUGCUGGAUGUGCCUUCCAACAGUUCAUUUCCGCAGGCAGAACUCCUGCUUCCAACUUCAAGUUUUGGUGCCCAAGCAAGCACUUGUAGUAGCUCAGGAUACCCACAGCUCUUGCAUCCCUAACCAUAGCAGCGCGACCCUGAUACAAUAGCUAGGCUAUUAGAUGCCGUCUUGUCACUUCUUCCAAACCCAGCUGUUGUGCUUCAUAUGUUUUGCAUGCCAACAUGAAACGUGGGAUCUGUUUUGAGGGUUGCUUUUCCCCUUUUCUUGGUUUUUUUGGCUCGGGCUGCUUUACCUAUAUCAUACAUGGAAUUCUAGGAAAUGGAUAUGGGUGGCUUUUUGUAUAGGUUGACAGAUAUUGUAUUAUAUAGCUCAUAACGCCGAAGAGGUGGUAACUUAAAACUUUGAAGAGUUCCAUAUGCUACAUAGUUGUUAAGCCUGCCAUCAGUGACUGGCAUAUCUCUCUCUCUUGGCCGAUGAGCCGAGCAAUGUCAUAUCUUUAUCUAAACGUCAAUUUGCUAGCCAUCACUUGAGAUCUCAA